AUGUCGCAGCCGCAACCACUGCCGCUGCUGAUUCUGUCACAGCAGCAGUCACAGCCGUUUCUGUUGCAAUUAAAACUGCCGUCGAUGCCGCAUCUAUUAUUAGCGUCUGCUGAUAUCAUCUGGUGGAUAGGGGAGCAAAAGGGCUGGUCUAAGCGAAAGAUUUCCCGCAAGGUGAAGCGGCAGCUGCGGGAUGAGCUGACUGAGCGAAAUCAGGAGCAGUACAUCAAUAUCCAGCCCGCCGAUAAUCUCAAGUGCAUUGUCAGGCUGAGCGGCUGGUCGCGAGGCAAAAUUGAGCGCAAAACCAGACAGAGGAUGCGCGAUGAGUUGGCCGCGCAGCAGCAACAAAAGCAGCAGCAGGACCAGCAGAAUGGUCAGCAGCAGCAAGUAGCCGCAACAGGCGUUAAUACAAUUCCAGAGCCCGAGUCUACAGUGACGCUCAAGCCCAAGAUCAAGACCAAGACCAAGACCAAGACCAAGACCAAGCUUGUGCGCAAGAAUCAAUCUGUCCCCCCUUCUUCUCUUCAAAAGAAGCAGCGAACAGAAUGGUAUCGUCAGCCAUAGUGGUCCAUUGCCACUAGGUUUUAAACCCUUUUUAGGUUGCUAUGCAGUCCGUGGGAAGAAUGUUGUUUUGCAGGAUACUUGUCUUAUUCCUUUAUUUUGUGAUCAUUUUGGUUAAUUGAUCAGCAGCAACAGCAACAGAAAAACCACAAAAGCACAGAAAAAUAUUUAAUGUUUAAUGCGUCAGCAUUGCGUACUCUGCAAAGCAAAGCAUUUUGUGUACUGCUGCGGCGAAAGCACACCCCACCAUGCCAUGCUGUUGAUCAUAGGCAUUAGAGAUCAGCCGGGAUAAUCUCAGAAUGGUUUCGCUUGCCACAAACGCCAGCAACAACAGAUUUUUUGAACAAAUGCUUAUAUAGCUGGAAAAGGGCGGUCAUUGCAUUUAUUUGCGCUAUGUGCGCAUACAAUUCCUCUUUUUUUCUUGUCCA